CUGUUGUUUACAGUGCUGUCUGUUAGUGACACACCCUGAGGCGUCGCUUCAAGGACAAACAAACAAAGCACAAAAUACUCCUCUGCCAUUAAGUACUUAGUAGAAGGUAGAGCACACCGGGCAUUUUCUGAUCUGGUGGGAAAAUACAAUUAUUUUCUAUAGGGGAGGUCUUUCUCAAGGUAGGUAAAGUGGAUUUACACGCCGUUGUCCUGUCACACCGGCACUAUAAGGGUGUACCACAUGAGGCAGGAACUUACGGAACUUACGGAACUUACAGGGCAGCUUGUCAACAUCUGAGGACGGGUUGUUCUUCUAUUGACAGAAGAAAGUGCACAUUUUACAACUGUGAUUUGACUUUGUUUUCAAGGAGAAGUUAUGCUCUGUGAAAAAAGUGAAGAACUCAAAGAAGCUCCCAGGAUUUGCUCGUGUGGAUCUUCAUGGCGGCGCAGAAUGAAGCAUCCAGGUAUCAGACGUCUAUACUGGUUGCAGAUAUUGCUGGUCGUCCUACUGGCAGAUCAAGCGUCCUGUGUAGAAACCUCGACUCAACCUUCCGUCAUUGAUACCAUUCCUAUAACAGCUGCUCAGACGUCAGUUUACUACUUCCUUGAUGUCACAGUGUUUGUCACUGGACAGAAGAAGGACGAGUCAGACAUUAAGGCCUGGCUUGAUCAAGUGUUGCAAAACAAGCUGGGGGAUUGUGCGUCUCCAAGAAAGUCAACUACCUCUAAACAAAUAUCAUCUGCAAAUGAGACAACAGCCGCGACCACAGCUGCAGCAAUUACUACGGCAGCAACAACGAUCACAAAUGGAGCCGCUGCAAUAACAGAAGCAACAACACCUAGAGCAGCACCAACAAUGACAGCAACAACAACGACACCACUAUCGCCGACCUCUGCAGAAACAACUACAGCAGCAACAACGACUGUAGCAGCAAGUACAGCAGCAACAACGACCACAGCAGCAACGGCUACAACAGCAACAAUGACAACCCCAGCACCGAAGAUUACAGCAGCAACGACUAGAGCAGCAACACUGACCACAGCGCCGACGACCACAACAGCAACAAUUACAGCAGCAACAACAACUAAAGCACCGACAACUCCAGCAACAAUAACAACAUCUACACAAGCAGCAACAUCACAAAGCAGCAGUAGAAGUGAUGCAGGAUCAACUGAGCGCAGCCUCGUCAUCAGAAAGGACACGCCAUUAAAGUCACCAAUUAUGGCUCAAUUACACAAAGAGCGGGAAGUUCGUCAAGUCAGUGGCAGUUUGACAGAAACCAGCAGGCUCAGUGAAACAGCUGGCGUAUUUCAGGGGUCUGAGGUUUCCUGCGAUGUCAAAACAGGAAUAAGAACGACACAGUGCUCGGUCACACUGCAGCUGAGGCAGAGUUUAGCUCCAUGUUGUAUCCUCCGGACUCUCUGUGCAGCCAGUAAAACAUCCUCUGACAUCCAUGUGGUGGGAAAAGAAGCAAGUCCAGUUGACGGACUGAAAGCUGAGUGCACAAGCAAACCAGAAGAAAAAAGCUGCGUUUACAACGGCCCAGUCAAAAAAUCCUGUGAUGAGUCUGGGACGGCAUAUGAGGAAGUUGUUAGCUGUCGUCCAGAACCAAAGAACAACACCUGUACCUGCUCUGCUUACUGUAAUGGGACAGAUGCUUACUACACUUUACAAUUAUCAAUACUAAAUCCAGAGGUGCAGCUUUCGGAUGUGUUGCCUAAAAGUUCGACACCAAAAGAAACAAGCAUUUGUACAGAUGAUUCAUGUUCAUCUGCCACCGUUGCAACACUACUCAAGGAACAUAAAAUGGACUGUAAAUCUACAACAGCACAUUCUCGGAGCUGCAGCGUGAUCCUGCGUUUUGACCGUCAGCUUCCGAUCUGUAACGUGUCUUCAUUUAUGAAGGAUAUGAUUGGCUCGAGUGAAUUAAUCACUUUUAAUGGACUGGUGACCCGUGCAGCACUCUGUGGAAAUAUCAGCGACAGUUUGUUGAGUUCUGAGUUCACAUGGCACAACAGUGAGAUUAAGCCUGCGACGGUUUGCUCAGAUCAGCCUGUCAUCCUCACCUGUGAAAAGGAAAAGGCUGUGGUGGUAGAACUGCAGGAGCAGUGUGUUCCAGACACUUUAACGACGGCCAGCCCAAAUGUGACGACCAUGGAACCAAACACCACCUCAUCCAUCAAUGUCACAUCAUCCCCUCUGAACACCACAGUGACGACAACCAUGAACACGACUGCAAACGUGUCUAUAACCACUGCUGCUUUAUCAGCUGAAGACAGAGCCUAUGCUCUUCUGGAAAUGACCAGAAAUAUGUCCAAACUGAACUCCAGCCAGGUGGAUUACGUGGUGUCUGAGCUGCAGGAUAUUUUGUCAGGUCAGGUGACCAUCAGCCUGAUUCUGGGAAACAUCUCAGUACAUAUUGUCAGCAAUCUGAUCGGUGGUACUCCUGAGCAGCUGGCCAACUCUGCAGCCAGUGUCAUAGGAAUUGUUGACACAGUUGGGCUGAAGCUGGUCCUGGAUCAGACAGAAACACUCUUGUCCCGAGCUUUGGCUUUGUCUGUGAAACCAGCAGAUGGCAACAACUUUCAGGAAACCAGCUUUUCCAUCUCAAACCCCAGUAAUGUGCAGGUUCGUGGAGAUUCCAGCGUGACAGAAGAGUCCAGCGCUCCUCAAGGCUCCAUCACACUUCCCUCCUCUCUCACACAAAAUCUGACCUCUGAACAACAGCAGCUGGCUUCAAGAGUCCAUUUUCAUUUCUACCAGAGGAGCACAGUGUUCCAGGACAAAUCCAUGGGAAAACGCAAACUUAACAGUGGCAUCUUAGGAGCGAGUGUGGCCAACCUGUCAAUCUCAGGACUGAAGGACAAUGUUACUAUAAACCUGAAGAACACAGAACCCAUUCCAGAUGAUUUUGUGCCCGUGUGUGUUUUCUGGGACUCUGCGUCUAACAGCGGCUCCGGUGGUUGGAAUCCUGAAGGUUGUUCUGUCUUAAACAGCACAGACAACAUAACAAUCUGUAGCUGCAACCAUUUAACCAGUUUUGCAAUCCUGCUGGACCUCUCCAGAGAGACUCUAACCGACCGACUUCACGCAACAAUCCUCACCUUUAUCACAUAUAUCGGCUGCGGAGUCUCAGCCAUCUUCCUGUCCAUCACCCUCCUCACCUACUUGGCCUUUGAGAAGCUGCGCAAGGACAUCCCAUCUAAAAUCCUGAUCCAGCUGUGUCUGGCUCUGCUGAUGCUCAACCUCGUCUUCCUGUGCGAUGCUUGGCUGGCGCUCUACCCAGAGGCCGUGGGCCUUUGCAUCUCCACUGCCUGGUUCCUUCACUACUUCCUUCUUGUUUCCUUUACCUGGAUGGGACUUGAAGCUGUUCACAUGUACAUGGCGCUCGUGAAAGUCUUCAACAGCUACAUAUCACACUACAUGCUGAGGUUCUCGCUGGUCGGCUGGGGCGUCCCCAUGCUCGUGGUCAUUAUAGUCAUUGCCAUUGACAAGGAUAACUAUGGUCUGGUCUCCUAUGGAAGGUUUCCUGAUGGUACUAGUGAUGACUUCUGCUGGCUGAAGAAUGACAUUGCCUUCUAUGUUGCCGUUGUGGCCUAUUUCUGUGUCAUUUUCCUCUUCAACUUUGCCAUGUUAAUAGUGGUGUUGGUCCAGCUGUGUCGGAUAAAGAGGCAGAACCCUCACAACGCGCAGCAUCGCACCACCUUUCAGGAUGUGCGCAGUGUGUUGGGUAUAACCAUCCUGCUGGGUCUCACCUGGGGCUUUGCCUUCUUCGCCUGGGGUCCGGUGAACCUGGCGUUCAUGUACCUCUUUGCCAUCUUUAACUCGCUGCAGGGUUUCUUUAUAUUUGUGUUCCACUGUCUGGUGAAGGACAACGUGAGGAAGCAGUGGAGAGUUUACUUGUGCUGUGGCAGACUGAGACUUGCAGAAAACUCAGAAUGGAGUCGCACAGCAACACAGAAGACGAUGAAGAAGUCGUCAGUGACCGGAUUAUCGUCUCUUCCGUCGUCGAGGUCGCUGCAGUCGCACAGUUCAUCGUCCAGUUCCUCGUUUCUCGUCAACGACACAACAGAGAGGAUAAAUGGCAUUGGCAGUCCGUUUGUUGACAGAAUAAUCACAGCUGAUGAAGAACCCACUCUGGACGUGGUGGCCAAUGAACUUAACAUGCAGAACAGAAACCAGCCCACGCCCUGAUCCACAGGGAACUCUUUCAUACCUGUACAUAAUGUAAAUCAACACAGUUCUAUCAUUUAUGUGUUAUGACUUUUUUUUAUUUGUAUUUCUACACAUAUAUUUACUUCAUAGCAGGCAACACCAUGCCAAUAUAAACACUAAUAUUUAAGGUAUUUUAAACUGCUGCAGAGAAUCAACUACACUUAUAUGAAAAGAAAGCUGCAUUUUAACUUAUUUACAGAACCGUUAAUGACGUCAUUAUUGCCUGUGUUUGACCUUCAUGAUCAGAAACGUUGUGUCAUCCAUUUCAAAUCAAUAUCAGAUUACCAUAACCAUUAUAUACUUAUAUAAUAGUUAUUUAUAUUAAACUUAUAUAUAUACGUAUAUAUAUAUAAUAUAUAUAGAACAGUUAAUUGACUUGUUAUUGUUUUGACUCCUUUUUCUUUUUUUUUUUUUUAAAGCUGUUUGUUAUUUCUAUCACUAAUUCAUCGUCAGAUUAUUUUCUACUAUUGUUCUGAAAAUUAAAAUGUUUCUUUAUAGCAUCUAUAAAUGGAAGAAUGGUUGAUACUUGGCAGGAGACUCACUGAAGGCACCAACCUUGACAUGGUUUGAAUUAGAAAUGCAGGCGAGGACAGUAUUCAAAUUUCAGCUUGAAAAAACUCAUAAAUUUAGUAUUAACUACAUAUUUAUGACUGUAAUUACACAGAAUAUGAACAGUCUCGCAAACAGUGAAAGGGUUAAAUGAGAAACAGAUAGAAAAGUCAAAACUGUUUUCCCCCCCAAAACAUUUUUAUUGUUGAUGAUCACAAAAAAUCUCUCAUGUGGGACAGAACAGCAUUUGGUGAAAUUAUAUGGAAUAAAUUAAAUGUAACUGAG